AUACGGACUGUGGAGUCGAGAAGCAGUUUGAGCGGAGAAUAAUUCUCGGCGCGCGCUAUUGGCUCCCCGUCCUCAUCUGUCAAUCUGGGGAGGCGGGACUGCCUGCUCGCGCUCCCAGGAGGCGAUAGAUGCGCGAGCUGUACUUUUCUACUGUGUUGGAGCGCUUCGCACUUCUCUAGCUCAGUCCGAGCGUCAAGUGAACGGUGUGCGGAAAGCGCAGUGGGACUUCAACCGAGGAGAAGUUAUCGAAGGAGCCUGUAGUAUUGAUUGCAGAAGCCUGCACCUGGAUAAGCCUCAUCAUCAGCGCGCGGAGAAGCGAAAGAGCGAAGAAAGUGUGUUGACGGCAAGCGGGCAGCUGUUACAGAAGGAAGGCAAUAUGAUGGUGAAGCAGCAUAUGCUGUUUACCCUGUACAGCAUCUGCGGGAUCGUCCUUAAAGAUAUUCUCGCCGUUUCAGUGGCGGCAACAAAAAACAAAGUGAGAGGAGCCCAAGGACAGGUCCCCAUAGUCCAGAACAUGACUGUGACAGAAGGAGGGACGGCCAACUUGACCUGCCGUGUGGAACACAAUGACAACACCUCCCUCCAGUGGUCAAACCCUGCACAACAGACACUCUUCUUUGGGGACAAGAAAGCUCUGAGAGAUAACAGGAUUGAGCUGGUCCGAGCCACGUCGCAGGAGUUGACGAUCAGCAUCAGCGAGGUCUCGCUGUCAGACGAGGGGCUCUACACCUGCUCCCUCUUCACCAUGCCUGUCAAAACAGCCAAGGCUUUUCUCACCGUCCUCGGUGUGCCUAAGAAACCAGAGAUCAAUGGACUCACCAAGCCGGUCCUGGAGGGAGAUCACAUCACUCUGUCCUGUGUGACCUCUGGCAGCAAACCUGCGGCUGACGUCCGAUGGUUCAAAAAUGAGAUGGAGGUCAAAGGUGCCAAAGAGGUGAAUGCCAGUGGCAAGACGUUCACAGUGAAGAGUUCUCUGCGGCUCCACGUGAACCGGGAUGAUGAUGGUGUGGCCUACACUUGUAGAGUGGACCACGUGGCCCUGACUGCAACCCACGAAGAGACCACGCAGGUCUUGGAGGUCCACUAUGCUCCCUAUGUAGAGAUCAGACAAUCCACAAACGUCCCACAGGAGGGGCAGUACCUCAAACUGCAAUGUGUACCUAAAGGAAACCCCUCGCCAGACCCUGUGCUGUGGACUAAAGAUGGAGGAGAGCUACCAGACAUGGACAGGAUGAUUGUUGAUGGAAGAGAUCUCACAUUCACGUCACUGAACAAAACAGACAACGGCACCUACCGCUGUGAAGCCACCAAUCACCUCGGCACCAGUCAUGCUGAAUUUAAACUGGUUAUUUAUGAUGCCCCCACCACACCGUCACCAUCCACCACCUCCCCUGCACCCACCCUCCCAGACACCACAGGUCCCUUAGACUCCAAGCAGCUCAAUUCUGCUGUCACCGGUAACAGAGAUCCUAAUGAGUUGAAACGCGCCACAGAUCACGCUUUAAUCGGUGGAAUCGUUGCUGUCGUCGUGUUCGCUACUUUGUGCUUAAUUAUUGUAUUGGGACGCUACCUGGCACGACAUAAAGGCACGUACUUGACAAAUGAGGCCAAAGGAGCGGAUGACGCCCCGGACGCAGACACAGCCAUCAUCAAUGCUGACGGCAACCACGCACACGCAGAAGAGAAGAAAGAGUAUUUCAUUUAGACUGCAAGUGGCACUGCACUCCUCUCUCUCUCUCUCUUUGUCCUCUCGUUCCUUCCCUCCUUCCCUGCACCGUGUAGGAACUUCUUCAGAAAGCAGCGGAAGCUUCUUCUCACACUUCUUAUCUGUUCAUUUUUUUUUCAUACUGGUUUGGUUUUCUUUCGCCUUUUUCAAUAACAGCUCACCUGCUACCUUUUAUGAGCAACUUAUUUGCUGAAGAUGUCACCUUUUGUAAUCAUUAUAUAGCUGUAAAACACCCCAAAGCAGUACAAAAAUGUCUCCAAAUAUGAAAACAAAAAAAAGUCUGCAGCCAUUCUUCAGUAAGGACUCGCCCUUCAUCCUCUCACAGUGCCUAAAUAUACAGACGUCCGCUGAAUUUCAGUCAAUGCCUUCAUGUUUUCUGUCAGGCCUCUCUGAUUGGUUGCUUGCUUUUUAUCUUCAGCGUUAUGAUUUAUGGAAAAUGUUUUGUGCUCUGUUAUUUUUUAAUAAUUUCUACUUUUAUUUUGUUUGUGAUUCAUGCUGAAUCCGUUAAUUGUGAUGUUUCUCCCAAAAAAAAUGAUGUACAGUAGUAAAAAUAUACUCAGACUUGAAGCGAGGGAGGAUCCCUUUUUAUUCUACAGAUUUUUAGGUGUUAAUAAUGUUAUCGGUACGUAGAAACGCUCCAUUCUCCAAAUUACCAUUACAUGAUGUGAAACCGACAGCUCACACUAUGGCUAAAAACAGUAUUUUGUACUUGAACUGUAGAUAUUGGUAAACGAAUAGCUCCACAGAAGGUCUCAGUGUGUUCCACCGAAAAAAAAAAUCACCUUGUAUUAUUGAAUUAGGUCAAGCGGCUAGGUUAACCAACUUCGGCCACCGAAUAAACCAUAGUGUAUUUAGUGAAUUAGCAACCAGGCGAAGAAAGAACAAGCCCUGUUGUGUGUUUGUGUAGUUUGAUGAUGCCUCGCCACUCUUUGGACAGUUUUGUGUAUCUCUGCACUGAUCAGCCCCCCUAAAGACCACUAGCCUCCCCAUACACAGCAGAUUCACGGAUGAGGUGGUAACCAUCCAAUAUGUCAUCCUUUCAGCUGUUUACACAACCGCUGUGCCCAACACAAGAAAUCUCAUAACACAGAAGGCGAUAACAAAAAGUAGUGUGCAACUAUUUCAGUGCUCUUAAACUUUCACAUCACUGCUCAGAUCGAUAUCGGUCCAUAAAAGAUCUCAAACAACGUUUUAUGCAAACCUGACCAUUUCACAAACAUUGAGAGAAUGCUGCCGAUGCACAUAAUGUGUCACCCACCGGCCCAUCCCACAGAUUUGUCCAAACAAAUAAGCACAAAAUGACUCACAUUAAUUCAUAAAUGCAACGAUCACGAUGUACAAAUAGCUAACUUCGAUUUUCAUAACCCAAACUGGACAUCAGAUUAACUGAAGUCACAGAUUGCGUUGAUGCUGUUCAUGAAGUUACGGUUGCUUUUCUGCUCUUUUGUUGAUUUUUACGAUGAAUAGACAACCUUGCUAAGGCUGUAUAAUAUAUCUGCUAAAUGUGGUAACUAGUGAAAAUUGUUGUUAGAUUUUGGGGAUCCCUAAUUCCAUCAAGUAUGUAUAUUAGCUGAUCUAAAUAUUGGUGGGGAAAAAAAUGUUUUUAAAAAGUUUUGAUUAUUUUUUAUCAUCUUACCUGACAUUAAAAGAUUCUUGACAACUUCAUAACCUUUGUUUUAGCUCAAGGCAUGUAUAUACUCUAUAAGUAUCACACAUUUUGGGAAAAAAUUGUUUUUUUUUUUUGUUUUGUUUGAUUUACGAUGUAAAUUAUUUAAUUUUGCUUAACUGAAAGCCACUCAAUGAGUACGACAGCAGUUGUGACAGCAAUGGGAUGCUUGUUGAAAUGGUAAAGCUAUGUAUUUGUUGAAUGAGAGAUUUAGGGUAUGUUUAUAUGAUGUUUUCAAGUAAUUCAAAUGGAAAACUUGUUUUGGUCGGUCAUUUACACAACAGUGGAAUAUCGGGCAGCCUGAAAAUGCAAACUUUUUGCUAAAGUUUUUAAAAAUCAUCACCUCUAUGUACUGACAAUUUCAAUGUGGUGAUGUCAUUGGCCCGUGAACAGUUCCUGCUUGUUGUCAAACUAUUUCAUAUCUGUUACAAGAGGCGAUUCAAUCAUAACUCAAUGUUAUAACAGCUAUCAUAACAGUAUUUAUCAAUAUGUGGCUCUUUUUGGACCCUCAAGCCGCCUUUCCACUGCGCACAACACUUGGACACGACUGUCGGAAUACGCCCCCUUGUGACUGUCGCACAGAUUUUUCAUUUUUUUAUGCAUCAUGGAAGAGAAGCAUAUUUCGGUGUCUGAAAUAAAA